CGGAUGAAGAGAAACGUGAUGCUAGAGAUUACCGGGAAGCAGAGCGAAGUGGUCUUCAAAAUCAUAACGGAGACAAAUCGCCGCAAAUAUUCAAACAGCUUUCAAAGACGAAGACUCACAAAGAAGAGUACCUUGAUUCUUGAGUUUUCGUUUGUGUUCGCAAACAAUCUUGGAAUUUCCGAAGCCGGUGUGUAACGUGCCGCAGUUUUUGCUGAUAUUUCCCGAUCUGAAAGGAAUGCCAAGGGAACUAACCCAAAACAGGAUCCAAAAAAUCUGGAUUCCCUCUAAGGAUGACAAACCUUCAAUGCCCCGUACAUCACAUGGAGGCCCCCACCUGGCAAACCCCCCAACAGUGAUAGUGAUGGUAGGGCUUCCUGCGCGGGGCAAAACCUACAUUUCAAGGAAACUCACACGCUACCUCAACUGGAUUGGUAUUCCCACAAAAGUCUUUAACGUUGGCGAGUAUCGACGAGAGGCAGUGAAACACUACAGCUCUUACGAUUUCUUCAAAUCGGACAAUGAGGAUGCCGUCAAAAUCCGACAGCAGUGUGCCUUGGCCGCUCUGAGAGAUGUCAAGACUUACCUCACUGAAGAGGAAGGUCAAGUGGCUGUUUUUGAUGCUACAAACACAACCAGAGAGCGACGAGAUAUGAUCUUGGAGUUUGGUUCAGUAAAUGGCUUCAAGAUUUUCUUCAUUGAGUCUGUUUGUGAUGACCCAAAUGUAAUCGCCUGUAAUAUCUUGGAAGUUAAGGUGUCAUGUCCUGACUAUCAUUCUAAGAUUGCAACCUAAACAGGAAGUUAAUGGUGUCAUGUCCUGACUAUAAGAUUGCAAAAGACGGAUGCCAUGGAGGACUUUAAGAAAAGAAUUGAAUGUUACAGAAUGAACUAUCAGCCGCUUGACCCUGACCAAUAUGACAAAAAUUUGUCCUUCAUCAAAGUGAUUGACGUCGGUCGCAGGUUCCUGGUGAACCGCAUUCAAGACCACAUCCAGAGUCGGAUCGUCUACUACCUGAUGAACAUCCAUGUGCAGCCGCGGUCUAUUUAUUUGUGUCGCCAUGGUGAGAGCCAACACAACCUGCAGGGCCGACUGGGCGGAGACUCUGGACUGUCUACACGUGGACGAAAGUUUGCAGGAGCUCUUGCUAAAUUUGUGAAAGAGCAGAACUUAAAGGACUUGAAGGUUUGGACGAGCCAGCUGCGUCGUAGUAUCCAAACCGCCGAGGCCCUCAAUGUCCCGUACGAGCAGUGGAAAGCCCUGAAUGAGAUUGAUGGCGGUGUGUGUGAGGAGAUGACCUAUGAAGAAGUGAGGGAGAGGUUUCCAGAUGAGUUUGCUCUCAGAGAUCAAGACAAAUACUACUACCGCUACCCCUCCGGAGAGUCAUAUCAGGAUUUGGUUCAGCGGGUGGAACCUGUGAUCAUGGAACUGGAACGACAGGAAAAUGUUCUUGUCAUCUGUCACCAGGCUGUGAUGCGUUGCCUACUAGCCUACUUCUUGGACAAAAGUGCAGAUGAGAUGCCGUACUUGAAGUGUCCACUCCACACAGUACUGAAGCUGACCCCGGUGGCUUAUGGGUGCAAAGUUGAAUCUAUCUCUCUGAAUGUGGAGGCAGUGAACACACAUAGAGACAGACCAGAUGAUGUGAAGAGAGGCCCGAGCACUCUGAUCAGGAGAAACAGUGUGACCCCUCUCACCAGCCCUGAACCCAAUAAGAAGCCCCGCAUCGAGGGUCUGGAUGACACGAUCAUCAGAGAGGUGACGCCCACCCAGCUCACCCUGUGUACAGCUUCACACACCACUCUCGCUCUGUCCACACAGAACCUGAAGAAAUGCUCCAUAGAGUGCUAUGAACCCCCUCAGCUCUGCCUGUGAGAUUUUAAGGCUGUAUUGCUUUACUCAUCUCAGAAGAGUUUCCUGCCAAGCUGCUUCCUCUUUUCCUCCCAGAGAGGUGCAUGUGUGUCCAGCUCCCAAAAAUGGACACUGAGUGCAGCUGUGGGUUUUUCCAUUGGUCCUUCAUGAAUUUGUAAUUAAUGUGCGUAUCUGUGGUUUGUACUAGUAUAGAGUUUAGUCAUUUCUAUGUGUGUUUUUUGGGUAUGAAGGGAAAAUCGGAGCCCAGUGGCAGGGUUUGUUGUCAACCAUCCCCAUAUUUUUGGACACUAUUCCCUGUUUAUGUAACAGGAUAUCACUUGUAUUUGUUUUUAUUCUGGUCUCAGCCAGUUUUUUUUUAACACUGAUGUUAAGAAUAUGCCCUGAACUUGAGGAAGGAGGAUGCUAAAACAGACCAAAGAUCACCCGCAGACGCUUACGGCUGAUUCAUGGCUUUUCUGCACUCGCUUUCAAACACAUGCUGCAAAUAAAUUGCACAUUAUAAUUGCACAUUUAGAACAUUAACACUUAUUUGUCUUAAUUCCUGAGGGCAGUAAUGCAUCUUUCCAUUUGUAAUGCUGCUUGCAAUUUUGAAAGCUGUUUAAAAGUUCUCAUGUUGUGCACUGCAGUUUCAGAUGAUUUGUGUUAUGGAUAUGGAUUGUGAGUGUGUUUUCUUUCUUCCUUGUUUUUUGUAAUUUGUGUGUUUUUAAGACCUGAAGACAAGGUUGAUAUGCAAGGUUAUAAAAACAGGGUGUUUUAUGUGUGUUUGGAUGGAACGAAGUGAAGCAGUGUUUAUAUUUGUUGUUUAUAUUUAAUGUAUUUUAUGGCGUGACUGAUAUCAGAUACAUUUUUAUACUGUUCAUUUAUUAAUUCCCUAGAGUGCCUAGUGCUUGAGCUAUCAGGCUUUUUUACAUUCUAAUAUGAGAAUUAUAUUGAAAAAAAAGAAAUUGUACUUUCAUCAUUUUAGUUUUGUUAGCAUGUCACAACCUGAAGAGAUUUAACUAGUAUUUGAUAUUGUAUGUACAGAUUUACCCUUGUAAACCAAAUGUUUACCAUUAGAAUUUUUAAGAGAUUUUGUAGGAGUUCAAUUUCAACAGUUCAAAUCUAAGUACCAGCUUUAAUUGUAAAUAUACAGUUCUCACUUUUUCUGUGGCUCUAUUUUUAGUGUAAAACAUUCUGUUUAUCACACGACUAAUUGCAAUGUUGUAUAUUGGCUCUUAACGGUAAUUCAUUUGUUUGCUUCUGAUACUUGAACCUCAUUUUGUAAUAUCUCUCCGUUUUUUUUUUGUUGUUGUUGUUAAAGUAAUAUUUAUUUAUUUGUACUAGACUGCGUUUCAAGCACUUUGUUCAUUACUGAGAUCAUACAGCAUAUCAACAAGUCUAAUAAUUGUCUCAUGCUGAAGAAAGUGAGCCAUUUAUAUGCAUUUACCGAAUCAAUAAACAGUCUAAAAGAGGA